AACUGUUUUGUGUGUGUAUGCGCUUGCAAUUGCCUUGCAUGCGCUUUGAACAUGUGUUCGUGUACGUGCUCCGCAGGACUUGUGAUUUUGCCUGACCUUUGAAACCAAUUGGACUGCCUGCCCUGGCAAGGGACUCUUAUUGCCUAGCUUGUUGUUAUGGCGGCAUCAACAGUAGCACGUAACGCCACUCGACCUGUCGUUGCUUCACAGCGGCUGCUUUCUCGCUCCCGCUGUAUCAGUUCGGCGUAUUGCCCAGCUGCACCGUGUGGUGAAACAGCAUACCGGUGCUCCCUGCUCAGUAGCUGUUGUCAGUACCAGGAACUUGGUGAGUGUAGCGGACACAGGUCGUGGCGAGUACACUGUGUCGCUGGUGACACACCAUCACUGGCAAUGCCCCGCGUCACGCAGUGCAGCGCGUCACUAUUCCGCUCCACCGCGUGUCACAACCGCAGCGUUGCAAGGGCUGCUAGCGCAAGUGCAGCGUCUCCAGCAGGAACAGCGCAGCAAUGGUGGCGGAGCACUGAGCCCGGAGCAGAGGUCCCGAUUGGCUUCCGCUUGUCAUAUGCUGUGCGCUGCGAUCGGGUCGUUGCUCAGCACCAUCCCUUACUUGCUGCAGCAAUGUUCCCGUUACAAUGCUUACCCGGGUGUAGCCAGCAACGGACUGCGAUCUAGUGUAUCCAUAUUCUCCACGUGUACAUUGGCGCUUGAUGACAUCAUCAAGUCACUGCUUACGUCAUCGAAUACUAAGAGAGAUUUCGCACAGGCUGUGUCAGCACUUGAAGAACAUUCAGAGCUGCUCAGGGAUCACGCGCAGCUUUUUAAAGUCAUCUACGCUGUCGUGCAAGUGGCAUGGACAAGACUGGCGACCUGAUCGUUGAUCAUACUCAGUUUCCGGACGACUUUCUGGACACUGCUGAGAGUAUGGAGCGGAGAAGCUUCUAUGGACGGUGCCUCGGCCUUCAUAGCUAUCUAAGCCACUGGGCCAACCAGCUCAACGUUCCCGUGGUGUCCGUUGACUACAUGACGGCCCCCGAGCACCCGUACCCACGUGCCGUCAACGACUGUUUCUACGCGUACGCCUGGGUGCUGAGGAACGCCACCAGCCUGGGCACCACUGCCGAGAAAGUCAUCCUGGCCGGCGACUCGGCCGGAGGUAACUUUGUCUUCGGAGUGGCAUUCCUCGCUGCGUCAUGCCACCAUCCUGAAUGUGCUGGACCCUGCUAGGAAUGGGAAGGUGGGUUACUAGCACCCCUUCCACAGAGAGUAGUGUGCAGUAUGAGCUGAUAGAACUUCCAUGACAGCGACCUCCAUUGGAGAAGGACCCCUGCUGUCUAGUGGAAGAGUUGCCUGAGGCUCAGCCGUACUUCUUAUCGGUAUCUUUGAGUACAAGAACAUUUCAAAAUGCUACAUUAUUGUGCUCCUUUGUGGGUGUUCAAGUAAGAAAGCUAUGUUUCUUUGCCGAUAGAUUUCUUCGUGCUAUGGGUCAUCUCUUACUCUGUGUGUGUGUGUGUGUGUGUGUGUGUGUGUGUGUGUGUGUGUGCCAGCUAGUUCAGUUGGUGGGUACACUUAUGCCUGUGUUGGGUAUGUUGCCAACGGGCUCGGCUGCUUGAAGGUGUAAUGUUGUACUUGCCACCUUUGUUGGUUCCAGGGUUCAUAUACUUUCUAUUUGAAGUAUACAUACCUGUUAACCAUGGACUGCUUCUGGCUAGAUUAACUCUUGUGUAAUCGAUGGUGCUAGUGAUGUCUAAAUCAGAUCCAGCCUGAUUUAGCCACCCGCACUAGUAGCAAGUAUUACCUCCACUGGGGGCAGGGGUAACUGCAGUUGGAUCCCAGGACGGAUACCCUGAUGCCGUCAAUCCUUUUUCUGCACCUUGUCCACACCCACUUACUGAGGUGUGGUGAGCCCAUAAGUGGGAUCAUUUUCAAGUCCACCCAGCGUUUUGGGGAUUUCAGGGGUGUCGGCCGUUGGGCGGUUCAAUAACCAAUUGAGUCAUCUUUCCAAGAUUCCUUUAGAGUCUCUCUCCCCUCUCCCGGGGAGACCCACGUGACCAGUUUUGGCAGUGAGCAACAAGUACAAGUACAGGUGUGUGUGUGUGUGUGUGCGUGUGUGUGUGCGUGUGUGUGCAUCUCUCUCUCUCUCUCUCUCUCUCUCUCUCUCUCUCUCUCUCUCUCUCUCACACACACACACACACACACACUCUCUCUCUCUCUCACACUCUCUCUCUCCAUCCGUUCUGUUGUACCUUUCAGCCAAGUUCAUUUGACCCCCUCUUGGAUGAUUCCAUCGUCAUGGCGCGUCGUCUGCACGCACUCGGCAAGGAUGUGACACUACACCCAUUCGACGGAAUAUCCCAUGGCUUCCUCAACUUCCACGCAGUCAGCCGCUUGGCGCAGCAAGCCACCGACGUGUGCAUUGAGUUGAUGGACGCAGCAAUCAAGCAACACGACCAAGAUGUUUAGUCGUGAUACAAGUAGUCCC